CCAUUAGGUGGCGAUAAAUGAACUUUUAGUUACGUUUAACUUCGAAGAAGAAAUAGUGCCGCUACAUGGCGGGAUCUUUUUUUGUGUUUGUUUACACGGUUAAUGUAACGUGUCAUAAGCAGCAUUAUGUGUGAGAAGAACAAGAGGGUAAGUCGGUGGCUUGAGACGGUGUUCGGGGCGGAGGGAGUGCCGGAGUUUGAAGUGAACACGCGCACAGUCGAGCUGCUGGACCAGCUGGCGGGGAUCAGCGAGCUGAGGUGUAGAGAAGUGUCCUUACUGACAGAAGACUACAGGCACAAAGCAGCAGAGUACAGCAGCGAUGCCACCCAUUUGCACGAAGUGCUACUUAAUGGUGUUGGGCUUCAACCUGGAAGUGUUUCCAAAUCCACUUCGGAUUUUUUGUCUGUGUUAGAAGGUACUGCUGAGGUCCUUAAAGUGAGAAACACAUCAAUGGGAAGCUUUGUCCCAGCAAUUAAUAAAUUGACCAAUGACCUGGCCGAGGCAGAGAAGACUGACAGGAAGUUGGGGCAGGAGCUGGCUGCUGUGAGGAAGAAGAUGGCUGCCACAAUGAUUCUCCGGAAAAAACUUCAAGAGGACUUGAAGACGAUUGUGCAACUCCAGCAGGUUGAGGCUGCGACAGCUGAAGAGAGGUUGCUUAAUAUGGACUUCAUGAAGAACAAAUCCAGAGACCUGACCUACAGAAAUAAGAUUGCACAGGAUAAGCUGGCUUCCAGACAGAUGAAAGACUCACUCACGCAUCAGGCAAUUGUGGAACUUGCUGAAAAAAUCACAGCAUUGAAGCAGGAAAUUGCGCCACUCGUGAAGAAACUGGAGCCUUAUAAUGACCUGAGCCCUAGUCCUGCUCUGGCUCGGGUUGCGAUUGAAGAGGUGAAAAGAGAGCUGGAGGCCCUGGAUGCUGCACUAGAGCAGAAGGUUGAUUUGAUGAACACUUUAUCUAGAUGACUGACUGAAGAAGAAUAAGGAUAUCAGCAGCAGUUUUAAUGCUGCUACUGUUUUUUUUUUUUUAUCUAAGCUAUUGUACUCUGCAUUUGCAAAUAAAAGCACAUUUUCAAUUCUC